AUGACACGGGAACAGUAUAUACUAGCAACACAGCAAAAUAGUCUGCCAAGAACAGAAAAUCCUCAACUUUAUCCAGUAGGGAUUUAUGGCUGGCGAAAGAGGUGCUUAUACUUCUUUGUCCUCUUGCUAUUGGUUACCAUGAUCGUUAACUUAGCCAUGACAAUAUGGAUCCUGAAAGUAAUGAAUUUCACAGUGGAUGGAAUGGGAAAUCUCAGAGUCACCAAAAAAGGAAUUCGACUUGAAGGGAUAUCUGAAUUUCUACUUCCAUUGUACGUGAAAGAAAUCCAUUCCCGAAAGGACAGUCCACUGGUCUUACAGUCAGAUAGGAAUGUUACCAUGAAUGCAAGAAAUCAUAUGGGACACAUAACAGGACAGCUGACUGUAGGUGCUGAAGGUGUAGAAGCCCAAUGUAAAAGAUUUGAAGUUAGCUCAAGUGAGGAUGGUAGGGUUCUUUUCUCUGCUGAUGAAGAAGAGAUUGUCAUUGGAGCAGACAGACUGAAGGUCACCGGCACAGAAGGAGCUGUAUUUGAGCAUUCUGUGGAAACCCCCCAUAUCAGAGCUGAACCUUCUCAAGACCUCAAGCUUGAAUCACCUACAAGAUCUUUGAUAAUGGAAGCUCCAAAGGGAAUACAAGUGACUGCAGCCGCAGGGGACUUGAAAGCCACUUGUAGAAAAGAGCUACAUUUGCAAUCCACAGAAGGGGAGAUAUUUUUAAAUGCAGACUCAAUCCGACUAGGGAAUCUACCGCUGGGGUCUUUUCCCUCAUCUUCCUCACCAAGUUCAUCGGCAACAAGACAGACUAUCUAUGAAAUCUGUGUUUGUCCCAAUGGCAAACUCUACCUUUCCCCUGCAGGAGCAGGUUCAACGUGUCAGUCCAGUGGCAACAUCUGCUUGUGGAGCUGA